AUGCCCGCUCCCGUACGAAUUGCCAACUGCAGUGGGGCCACUGGCGAUGGCCCUGACGCCCUUCGCCGGGUUGUCAAAGAAGGUUCCGUGGACUUCGUUACGGCUGAUUACCUCGCCGAAGCCAACAUAGCCUGGCAAGCUCUUGAAAGGAGGCAGGAUGCCACCAAAGGCUUUGACAAGGAGUUUUUGAAAGCCUUUGAUAAGGAAGUGGCGCAAACAGUCGUGGAGAAAGGUAUCAAGAUCAUCCACAACGGAGGCGGCUUGAAUCCCAAAGGACUAGCUCAAGCCAUCGAGGAGCAGCUAUUGUCUUACGGCAUAGAUUCUCUGAAAGUUGCCUACGUCGAAGGGGAUGACGUUAUUGGAAUGAUUGACACCCUGAAGCAGUCCAGCGAACUCGUUCAUCUUGACGACGCCAGCAUUACCCUAGCGGCGGCUCAGGAAGACAUGUUAUGCGCCAACGCAUACCUUGGCAUGGGCGGCAUCGUCGCCGCCCUGGAUCUCGGCGCUGACAUUGUUAUUUGUGGACGAUGCUGUGAUGCUAGUCCUGUGAUGGGUGCGGCCGCUUGGUGGCACGGAUGGAAGUCUUCAAACCUGAAAGAGCUUGCUGGCUCUCUUAUCGCCGGCCAUUGUAUUGAAUGUGGCUGCUAUGCCACUGGCGGCAACUUUUCCGGCUUCAAGAGCAUCCCCGAGAACCAAAACCAGGGGUUUCCGAUCGCCGAGAUUGAAGCAGAUGGCAAAUUCCACAUCUUUCUUCAGGACCAGGCAAAGGGUCUGGUCAGUCGCGACACGAUCACCGCUCAAGUUGUGUACGAAAUCCAAGGACCCUUCUACCUGAACCCUGACGUGAUCGCGGACAUUACGAACAUUGAGAUCAGGGACACUGGAAAGAAUAGAGUCACUGUCACUGGAAUUCGCGGUCUGCUGCCUCCACCAACCACGAAGCUUGCAACAUGCUCUAUCGGAGGCUACCAGUGCGAGACUUCGGUAUACGCUGUUGGUCUGGAUAUAAAGGAAAAGUUGGCUGCGUUGAAGGGGGCAUUUGACUACAACAUCCCGGACAAAUCUGACUACCAAACCUUCCGGAUCGACCAAUAUGGUGUUCCGCAGGAGAAUCCCGCAUCCCAGGCCUUGGCAACCUGUCAAUUUCGAAUUUUCGCUCAAUCCUCUCGACAAGAGCCCCUCCGUCGGGUACAAGAGGUUUUGAUGGGCUAUUGGCUUGGGGGCUUCCCCGGGAUGCACCUAAAUAUGGAUUUCCGAACGAUGGAACCUAAGCCAUAUGUGGCCUAUCUACCAUUCCUCAUCAAGUAUGAUCAGUUAAGCGUACGAGCUGUACUUGGAGACCGCGUGGCGGAAAUUGGGAGUCCUCCAAACACAGCACCUUUCACUGGACAGAAAAUGGCAGAUGCUACCCCGCCUGAUGUCUCGGGCAAUUACGGCCCUACCAAAGAGGUAUGUCUCGGCACUAGGGUACAUGCCCGGUCGGGAGACAAAGGAUCCAAUGCGAAUGUUGGGCUAUGGGUUCAAGAAGACGACGAGUACGAAUGGCUUCGCUCAUUCCUAAGUCUCUUGACAUUCAAGACACUGCUGGGCGACGAAUAUGAUUCCAGAUUGACUCUGGAACGCUUUGAGCUGCCAAACAUUCGAUGCGUUCAUUUCCGCAUCAAGGGCAUUUUGGAUGGUGGGAUCAGUUCUACGCCUCGACUCGACGGUCUUGCCAAGAGCGUUGGCGAAUUCCUUCGGGCUCGAUAUGUAAACAUGCCACUUCGAUUUGUUGAACGUGGGGCAAUUUAG